GUUUAUCUUUGUUGGUUCCUCGACGCUCCUUGUUUAGUCCUGCUCUGUUGGCUUUUUCAUUAUCAUAAACGGUUAGUUUAUAAUGUGUGGGAUGUUUCUCAUCGAGCCGUCUAUAAUGAGUUCGAGCCUGGUAUAAUGGAGGAGACGAAUGACACCGUCUGAUAUCAUGCAUUGACGAGAGAAAAAAGAUGUCUGCGUUGUCAAAGUGGGUGCUCUUGCUACCCACUGCUGUUCGGCGGAAGCGAGAUGGCUUUUUUUUGCGGAGCCUCUUGUUCCUGCAUUUGAGCUAUUCUCUCACUUGCUCUUUUGCCGAAGCUCUUUCACGAGAUCAACUCCAACAGGUUGCUUGUGAUCUCCAGUCUUUCAUCGUAGAUGAAGCGUCGACGAAGUCACAGAUCUUGGAGGUCCUGUCGGGAUGGGACGCGACCUCAGAAAUGCAAGUCUUGGUUUUUAACGGACAUUUCGCCACUGGGAAAACGUAUAUCUCCAAUAUCUUGGCCAAGGCAUUAGAGUCGAUCGACAUUGGUGGAGGAUCAUCAGCAAGUGCCGCUGGAGGCUCAUCGAGUGGAGGAGGACACCAACUACAUCCACAUCAUCAUAGAGACGUGAACAACUAUGCAGGCUUAUACGCAGAUGACAUGCAAGCGCGAUACCAUGACAGAGGGAAUGGUGGAGAAGGAGCUUCAGACGGACACUCACGAGGAAGUGAUCCGAAUUACGACUCAAGUAGAUCUACUAGUGGCGGAUAUCAUGGGCCGCGGGGUCAAAGUCCUCAAGGAGGCAAUCCAUACUACUACAACAGCAUGCCUCCAUCGGGUGGAGGCAGUGGGGGUUCCCGGGUGGCGAUUUUCGUUACCGAAGAUUCGUUCAUUAGUUCAGAGCAGUUUUAUGUCCGUGUAGACGAAAUUCUACGUGAUCAAGACGAUGGCAGAAUGAAGAUCAUCGUCUUUGACGAUUUGCCUUGCUGGCGCGAUACAGAACGCAUUACACGCAUAUUGACACGGUGCUUG